CGUCAUAGCCAACGGACUGAUAACAUGUCCUCCGGUUGAAGAAAGAGCUAGCAAGGAAGCAAACUGUUUAAUAUCACUCACGAAGUUAAAACGCGGAAAUGUCGCUACAGUCUAACACUCAGACCGCGCAGUGCUACAGUCACAGUCGGCGCUGAAGCAGAUAUUUGGUUGAAAUUUUGAUUCCUACGAAGGAAUGAGCGACACUUUUCAAGGAAGUCGCGCAGCUGGCUAGCGAAAAGUAGCUAGCUAGGCUGCUAGCUGCCGUUAGCAGGAGUUCUUUGUUUUGUUUUUCAGUUGGAUGUACGUGUAAACAUGAAGAGAAACUAGAUUGGACACUUGCUUAAGCAUUUGACGUUUAACUAGGAGUUUUAUAAUCAUGCACACAGUUUCUUUGGCAGCAGGCAGUUGAAGUGUACAUUAAUGGUUUCUGAGUUGUCAGAAAAACACAACUAACAAGCCGCCGAGCGCAACUUUAGCAACAAAGAUCUUCAUUUUUAACGUCAGCCAGGACAGGACGGGGAACACGAAGAUAUGGGCAACUGUCUCAAGUCUCCGACAUCAGACGACAUUUCUCUGCUUCAUGAAUCCCAGUCAGACAGGGCGAGUUUCGGGGACGGGACAGAUCCAGACCUGGAGCCUCCUCCGCCGUACCAGGAGCAGGCUCACAUGCCCAUGUACCAUCCCACACCCAGUCAGGCCCGUCUGGCCACCCAGCUGACAGAGGAGGAGCAGAUCCGCAUAGCUCAGCGCAUCGGCCUCAUCCAGCACCUGCCUAAGGGAGUUUAUGAUGGAGGGCAAGACGGCUCUGAGAAGAAGAUCAGAGAAUGCGUGAUCUGUAUGCUGGACUUUGUGUACGGGGACCCCAUCCGGUUCCUGCCGUGUAUGCAUAUCUACCACAUGGACUGUAUAGACGACUGGCUGAUGAGAUCCUUCACCUGCCCCUCCUGCAUGGAGCCCGUGGAUGCUGCCCUGCUCUCCACCUACGAGACCAACUGAUUUUUCACCCUUCCUUCCCCCGCAGUGCUUAGAUCAACGUGGCCCCCCUCCAGCCCCCAAACCCACACACAAACCUAACAACUGCCCUCUUAUAGAGUGAGAGGAGCUAAAAAAUGAUGUUGGCUGUUGUCUUGCACUUUCAAAAUGUCAAAAUUCACUCACCUAAUGUUGGCCUUCCAUGCCCCCCCUGGUCUGACACUAAAUAAGCUGGUCUUAAACAUCAACACGAGUCAGUAAGAAACUGUUUCCAGACAACCCUGCAUGAUUGUGUUUGUGUGUGUUUGUUGUGCUGAAGCAGUGUCCAGUGUUACGUUAUGUGGCGAGCACGUGGGAUUUGUGUGUCUGCGAGCUGUUUGGUGACUGUGCAUUUCCACUUGAGCAGGUCUCAGUGGUGUUUCCUCCCAACUGACCCCCAGUUCACCUUCAUUCCCAGUUACAUGUCAUCUAAAUGGACAAUUAGGUUUAAGAAAUGAUUGACCAAACUGCAAAGAGAUUUUGCUAGAAAUCUGUUGUAUUCAAUUUGAAGUUUCCUGUGGCAACGGUAAGCAAAGACUUCCUCAACAUUUUGAUCUCCAUUAACACGCUCUCAUGUUAAAAUGGCUCUACGCUUAGAGAUAUGGGAAUACACAAGUGGAGUCGACACUGUUGGUGAUAAUAAACAAGAAAUUGAGCCAAGGUUGUUAAGGAUUACGCAAAAAUAUGCACACACACCCUGCAGAAGUCAUCCAAAGUUUUUAGGUACACAGUAAUACUUAAAGGAGAUCAAGGCUGUAUGAUAUUUGUCUUUGGUUUCUCUAAAUGGCCACACUUAAAAAAAUGUUUUGUGUUGAAAGGGGAAAACAAUGUUGUGUAACGUGAAUGUUUCACCAGACGGUGUGUAAAGUAGCUGGCAGCCAAUGUAAAGGGCUCAUUUGUGCAUGGGCAGGUGGAUCAGUCAGUUAAAAAAAAAAUUAGAAAUGCUUGCACACACUUUCAUCUGAUCCAGAGAUUUGCACUUUACUUAUAGGACAGUAUCUAAAACAAUAUAUUAAUAUAUGUACCUUAUAACCUUGCACUAUCAAUACUUCAUUCCUGUUUUUCCUGAGAUGCAAAAGUUAUAUAGCUGAUAAAGAUAUUUUCAAAGCUGUCAGUAGUUACUUAUCACAUUAAAGUAAGCCUGGAGAUGUAUUUCAUGAAAUCUGUGAUUCAGUAGGGUGAGCCUCUGCUUUGUUCUGCUUGAUUUGACUCGUGUGUGUUUUGUGUGUAAGUGAAGGGACAGAGGCUUGCUCCGGUUUAAGAAAGAAAAGAGGUGAGAUUUAAGGUGAGUUUUAAACUGUUUAAUUUUGAAUUUUACAUAAAUACAGCGUCACUUUCAUUAUUAUACAUCACAUUUUUGUUUUAUUACACUAUGAUUUAUGUUUUUUUGUUGCUCUAUUUCCAUUCAUUGUAGCAGUGGUUACAGGGAAUUGUUUGGUGGUAGUGUGGCUGUCUGUUACUGUCUGUUUUACCUUAAUAUUUUUUUUGUUACAUUUGUGUAAACUUAAUUGUGUAUUUAGGACAGUAAGUAUAUAGCUUUUACACUGGUUUAAGAAGCCUGAUUGUGCAAACCUCUGUCCCAACUGAAUUUCAGAGUGAGAAACUUCUCUUACGGUGUGACGGUUUUCAAAUGAGAUAUCAUGUUUUCCAUUGAGCUUUCCUUUGCUGUGUUUUUCAACUUAAGUUUAAACUUAAGAAUUAAUAUUUCCUGUAAUCUUGUUUUAUUUCUUUUUUUUUGGAUGGCUAACAAGCCCUCAUGUAAAAAAAAAAAAAAUAAAUGAGGAAAAAACA